AUGGCGAAGUGGGGUGAAGGUGAUCCACGAUGGAUUGUCGAAGAACGGCCCGAUGCUACAAAUGUUAAUAAUUGGCAUUGGACCGAGAAGAAUGCUACUCCAUGGUCAAAAGGACGAUUAAAAGAAUUAUUAUGUGGGCAGAAAAUUACGAAAGAAUUUGUUCAUAUGAGAUUGGACAAUGAAUUUAAGAAUUUAACCGGUGAAGCAACAGCAAAUAAUCGAAAGGCAAAGCUAAUAUUUUUCUACGAAUGGGAUAUCGACAUGGGAUUUAAAGUGAAAUUAGCUGGAAACGACGACGAAUAUGAAGGUCGAUUAGAAAUACCAAAUCUUAGCGAUGAAUUUGAUUCGCGUGAACUUGAAGUGACAAUAAGUUUUCACGCGAACUGUCCUCGAUUAGCUGAAGUUCAACAGAUUUUACGCACAGAUUUAGUUGAAUUUGUAAGAAAACAGCUUGCAAUCUACAUUCGCGAGUUGAAAGAAGAAUUUAGUAAAGGUCUUAUACUUCCAACUGAUCGUAAGCCUCAAGUGAUUAUUUCUGAGAACAAAAGCAUUCCAUCGACAACUGUGAAGAAAAGUGAUUUCCAAAGUCACAUAGUAUGUUUUUUUCUUUUUAAUUUUUUCAUAAUUCUUGAGCCGUCAUCGUUAAAAUCACUUUCGAUGACAGAGUCGUUCAAAGUUCAGCCAGAUAUUUUAUGGAAUAUUCUAACAGAUUGCUCGUUCAUUAAAAAAUGGACGAACAGCGAUGUGAAGAUUGAUCUGCAACGUGGUGGUACAUUCUAUUUUUACAGUGGUAUGGUUUCGGGGAAGUUUUUAGAAAUUGAUCCAAUCAAAGAAAUAAAGAUGAAUUGGCGGUUGAAGUCAUACCCAGGCAGUCAUCAUGCAGAAGUCACUUUCCUUUUGGAAGAUGGGAGUGAUUGUACAAAUUUACAUAUUAAAGCGAAUGGAAUACCACCUAUGCAGUACGAUGAAACAGAAGACGGUUUUAGGCGAUUUUAUCUACUCAAUAUUGGUAGAACAUUUGGCAUUGAUGCACAUAUGAAUUUUUUCUAA